AAGAUUUUGUCUUGGUUUCCAGGCAAGGAGAUGAGACACCAUCUACAAAUAAUGGAAGUGAUGACGAGAAAACAGGACUCAAGUUGAUUAUAUGAGAUUGAUCCUCCGGAGCGACUGUGGCUGGCAUCAACAGUAUAUAGAUGGUAUUUAAAGCUAUGGGAUUAGAUGAGAUCACCCACAGAGUGAGCAUAGAAACUGAAGAGUUGAGUGAAGAACUGAUUCUUGGAGUACUUCAACAUUGAGAGAUGGAGAUGAAGAGAAACCAGCAGAGAAGACUGAGAAGAUAUAACUAGAUAUAAAGAAAACUAGAUUGGAAUGCCUUUGAAAAGAGAUGAAGAAAGUGUUUCAAGAGAGCGGGAAUAACCAGAUUAUAGGGAAUGGAAGUGAGCAGCAGCUGCAAAAAGAGCUAGCAGAUGUGCUGAUGGAUCCUCCAAUGGACGACCAGCCAGGGGACAAGGAACUUGUUGAAAGGUCACAACUGGAUGGUGAAGGAGAUGGACCUCUUUCUAACCAACUCUCAGCUUCAUCUACCAUUAACCCUGUGCCAUUAGUAGGGCUUCAAAAACCAGAGAUGAGCUUGCCAGUGAAACCUGGACAAGGAGAUUCUGAAGGGUCAAGUCCUUUUACACCAGCUGCCGAUGAAGACAGUGUAGUUUUCAGCAAACUAACGUAUUUAGGCUGUGCUUCAGUAAAUGCACCCAGGAGUGAAGUGGAAGCCUUACGGAUGAUGUCCAUCUUAAGAAGCCAAUGUCAGAUUUCACUAGACGUUACCUUGUCAGUUCCGAAUGUGUCUGAAGGAACCGUGAGACUCUUAGAUCCUCAGACAAACACUGAAAUAGCAAACUAUCCUAUCUACAAAAUCCUCUUCUGUGUCAGAGGGCAUGAUGGAACUCCUGAGAGUGACUGUUUUGCUUUCACUGAAAGUCAUUACAAUGCAGAGCUCUUCAGAAUACACGUCUUCCGGUGUGAAAUACAAGAAGCUGUAAGCCGGAUACUUUACAGUUUUGCCACUGCCUUCCGCCGUUCUGCCAAGCAGACCCCACUUUCAGCAGCUGCUGCACCCCAGACUCCUGACAGUGACAUCUUUACCUUCUCUGUGUCUUUAGAAAUAAAAGAAGAUGAUGGUAAAGGUUAUUUUAGUGCAGUUCCUAAAGAGAAGGACAGACAGUGCUUUAAACUUCGCCAAGGAACUGAUAAGAAAAUUGUCAUCUAUGUGCAACAAACAACUAAUAAAGAGCUGGCCAUUGAAAGGUGUUUUGGUCUUCUCCUUAGCCCAGGAAAAGAUGUACGAAAUAGUGACAUGCACUUGUUAGAUUUGGAAUCUAUGGGCAAAAGUUCAGAUGGAAAGUCCUAUGUUAUCACUGGGAGCUGGAAUCCAAAAUCUCUACCUUUUCAAGUUGUAAAUGAAGAAACUCCUAAAGAUAAAGUGCUGUUUAUGACCACAGCUGUUGAUUUGGUAAUAACAGAAGUACAGGAGCCUGUUCGAUUUCUCAUAGAGACAAAAGUCCGCGUUUGCUCACCUAAUGAAAGAUUAUUCUGGCCCUUCAGCAAACGUAGUACUACUGAAAAUUUCUUUUUGAAACUAAAACAGAUAAAGCAGAAGGAGAGAAAGAACAAUACUGACACUUUAUACGAAGUUGUGUGCUUGGAAAGUGAAUCAGAGAGAGAGAGGAGGAAAACUACAGCCAGUCCCUCAAUUCGCCUGCCACAGUCUGGAUCUCAGAGUUCAAUGAUACCUUCUCCUCCAGAAGAUGAUGAAGAGGAAGAUAAUGAUGAACCUCUCUUGAGUGGAUUUGGUGAUGUAUCCAAAGAAUGUGCAGGAAAAAUUCUUGAAACAUGGGGAGAACUGCUGUCAAAGUGGCAUCUCAAUUUGAGUGUGAGACCAAAGCAGUUGUCAUCCUUAGUAAGAAGCGGUGUUCCUGAAGCUCUUCGAGGAGAAGUCUGGCAGCUGCUAGCAGGAUGUCACAACAACGACCACCUGGUAGAGAAAUACCGAAUUCUCAUUACAAAGGAGUCUCCCCAGGACAGUGCUAUCACUCGGGAUAUUAACAGGACAUUCCCAGCUCAUGACUAUUUUAAGGACACAGGAGGAGAUGGACAAGAUUCCUUAUAUAAAAUAUGCAAGGCAUAUUCUGUGUAUGAUGAAGAGAUUGGCUAUUGCCAGGGCCAGUCAUUUCUUGCUGCUGUUCUGCUUCUCCAUAUGCCUGAAGAACAGGCAUUCAGUGUGCUGGUCAAGAUCAUGUUUGACUACGGUCUCAGGGAACUUUUCAAGCAAAACUUUGAAGAUUUACAUUGCAAAUUUUACCAGCUGGAGCGCCUCAUGCAGGAAUACAUCCCUGACCUGUACAACCACUUCCUGGAUAUAAGCCUUGAAGCGCACAUGUAUGCCUCCCAGUGGUUUCUUACGCUUUUCACAGCAAAAUUCCCUCUCUACAUGGUCUUCCAUAUCAUUGACCUGCUUUUAUGUGAGGGAAUAAGUGUUAUUUUUAAUGUCGCCCUUGGAUUAUUAAAGACUUCUAAGGAUGACUUGCUGUUGACAGACUUUGAAGGUGCCUUGAAAUUCUUCAGGGUUCAGCUUCCUAAGAGGUACCGCUCAGAAGAAAAUGCAAAAAAACUAAUGGAAUUAGCUUGCAGCAUGAAGAUUAGUCAGAAGAAGUUGAAAAAAUACGAAAAAGAGUAUCACACCAUGAGGGAACAGCAGGCCCAACAAGAAGACCCUAUCGAGCGAUUUGAGCGGGAGAACCGGCGUCUACAAGAAGCUAACAUGAGGUUGGAACAGGAAAAUGAUGACUUAGCCCAUGAGCUGGUGACCAGCAAGAUUGCUCUGCGGAAGGACCUGGAUAACGCUGAAGAGAAGGCAGAUGCACUCAAUAAGGAGUUGCUUAUGACUAAACAAAAGUUGAUCGAUGCUGAAGAAGAGAAAAGGCGGCUGGAAGAGGAGUCUGCCCAGUUAAAAGAAAUGUGUCGUCGGGAACUUGACAAAGCAGAAUCUGAGAUUAGAAAAAACAGUUCUAUCAUUGGUGACUACAAGCAGAUUUGUUCUCAGUUAAGUGAACGAUUGGAGAAGCAGCAGACAGCUAAUAAAGUGGAAAUUGAGAAAAUUCGGCAAAAAGUGGACGACUGUGAGCGCUGCCGGGAAUUUUUCAACAAAGAAGGUCGCAUAAAGGGCAUGAGCUCAGCUAAGGAAGUUUUAGAUGAGGACACGGACGAAGAGAAGGAGACGCUGAAGAACCAGCUGAGGGAGAUGGAACUGGAGCUGGCGCAGACCAAGCUGCAGCUGGUGGAGGCCGAGUGCAAGAUCCAGGACCUGGAGCACCACUUAGGCCUUGCCCUAAACGAGGUACAGGCCGCCAAGAAGACCUGGUUUAACCGAACACUGAGCUCCAUAAAGACGGCAACGGGAGUUCAAGGGAAAGAGACGUGCUGAGCGAAGCGGCUGCCUCCAGACACCUUCAGAAAACACGACACCUUUUGUUGCCUUCUUUGGCCAGAUGUGUGAUUCUGUGACAUGUCCCAGGACCAGAAUGUACCUAAGUCAGAUCCAUAGAAGCAUGUUGGUAGGUCAUUGGACCAGAGCUCAUGAAGCAGGCAGCCUCUGGGGUCAGGCUCUCCUAACUGCUGAUGCUGACAGGCCUGAGGGCUGAGCGGCGCUCUGCACGCGCGCUGGGACAGCGUCCUCCGUGGGAGCGCCCGGGCCUCUUCCUGGUGUGGGUCACCACCUCUCUAGCCCGAGGGCUGAGCUGACAUUGUCAGAGUUUGGGGAUCCUUCAGGCUUUUGGUUUUUUUCUAAACCUUUAAUCUUUUUUUUUUUUUUUAAUAUACAUAUUAUAUGUAUUGCGGGGUUGGGGGGGUGGGCAGGGAUCAGUAACUCAAAUAAUUCUUACCUACUUCAGUGCCAGCGUAGGGUCCUCCAGGCAGACGUGGAGAAGCACUUUGUUUUAAAUCGGAGGGUUUCCUGGUUAUAGUUGCAGCCACCUAGUUUUGUUAAACUACACGAUGCACAGGUUUUGGGUUUGGCAUUAUUCACGUUUCUGAUCAAUUCUAUGCAACUCUCGUAGUUCCUGUUGUUCUUUAGUGUUAGCUGCCAAAACUUCACGGGGCUGGGCUGGGGGACUUGACCGACGUGAGACAGGAUUAAUCAUAACGUGGACAAAUCUUACUUUGCUUCAUGUGUCAUGUGUGUGUGUAUAUAUAUAUAUAAAUAUCUUCUCCCAGUGCGCCCAACUGACAGUGUUUAAAUCCCAGACCACGACUGAUCUGCACAAGCUAAUUAUUUGGCUUUCUGGACACUUGCUCUCACUCCGGGUUUGUCGGGUUCCCCCUCCUCCUGGCCCUCACAAGAGCUGAGAAACGUUCCCUCACUAAAAAAGUUCCUAGUGUUUUUGCACAAGGCAUACAAGCGAGAAGGACACUGCACUGUGUGUGUGUGUGUGUGUUUGUGAAAACGCAGGUGUGGGAUGUGUGUGCCGAGGCCCCGUCCUGCUGGCCCGUGUCCCUCCCCAGAGCGUGGCUGCGUGCAGACCUCGUUGUUCAGAUGGAUUGCAGGUUCUCACUUCAAACCUAUGGAAUGGAGGUUUUAGCACCUUUAAAAAAAAGAGAGAGAGAAAAGAUCGCCGAGUCUUUUCAUUUAUCAAGCGGUGUGUGACAGCUGGCACCGACCGUCUCCUCGUCUCCGCACGCAGGGCGCAGGUAGCUGUUCGAAGAGGCACUGGUCUGUGUAUCAAGAUACUUGGCUUGUUUUGUAUCUUUUCCCAGUGGCUGUCCUAGUGCUUGCUGAGGUCAUCUGGGAGGUGACAAGUGGCAACCCCCCCCCACACCCUCCACUGCUUUGUGUCUUUCUUGUUCAGUUACCGAAACAGCUGUAAGCCCAUCUAAAACUCGGUGCGUGGAAAUUGUGCUAGGGUAGUUCCAGUGUGUCAACUUUAUGAAUUGAAAUAUAAACCAGUAAAACUGUAUUACUA